AUGGGAAUGAAGACCCCGAUGCUAGAUGACACCCCGGUGCUUGAAGAAGUUCCACUCUUCGAGUUGGAAAACCAACAAAGGGAGAAGAUUGAAAGCGAAAGCGAGGAUGACAUUGAGGUGGUGUGGGAGGAUGAAUACCCAAACGGUACAAUUCUUAAACCUACUUGUGACACUAAUCUUGAUAAUAUACAUGUUGAAUCUCUUGAUAAUAUUACUUUUGCCACUUUUCUGGGUGACUCCCAUAUGGUCUAUGAUGAUAUUCUCAAUAAACAAAGUAAUACUUGUUUUUAUUUUCGGGAGGAUGAUUCCGUGGAAACUUGCGACAUAUUGAUUGAUGAUCAUGAGGAUUCUCUUUUGAUCGAUAAUGAAUAUGUUUGUUUCAAUUUUUGGGGAGGUGAAUCCUUAAACUUGUUACAUAACAAAUUGAUGAGUGAGGGGGAUGAUGCUUCAUUUUACUCAUGUGAGGAUGAGGGUGAUUCUUCUAGUCAAAUUGAGUGGGGAGAUGAGAUGAGUAAGUGUGUGGAGGAGAUGAUGGAAGACGGUAAUUUAAAUUUAAUUAUUAAAAAAACAUUAAUUAUUGAUGUCGGUGUAUAUACAGGUGUAGGAGCAGCGUGGAAAACUGCAAAGAUUGAAAAAGGUUCUACGGUUGCAAUUUUUGGACUCGGUGCUGUAGGACUUGCGGUUGCAGAAGGUGCAAGGCUAAGGGGAGCUUCAAAAAUAAUAGGUGUUGAUUUGAAUCCAGACAAAUUUGAACUUGGGAAGAAGUUUGGACUUACAGAUUUUAUUAAUCCAAAAACUUGUGGGGAAAGUUCAGUAACAGAGGCCAUUAAAAAAAUGACGGAUGGAGGCGUUGAUUAUAGCUUCGAGUGCAUUGGAUUAGCAUCCUUGAUGGAAGAUGCUUUUGCAAGCUCACGUCAGGGUGGAUAUACAAUAAUACUUGGAGUAGAAAUGCACGGAAAGCCAAUAAGUGUGAAUCCUUACGAGCUCUUAGCGGAAAAGACCAUCAUCGGAUGCAAUUUUGGAGGAAUCAAUGCCAAAACUGAUAUUCCCCAACUUGCUGAAAAAUACCUGAAAAAUGAGCUGAAUUUGGAGGGUUUCAAAACACAUGAAGUCAAAUUUCAAGACAUUAAUGAAGCAUUUGAGUUGCUGGAGCAGAAGAAAUCUCUGCGUUGCAUCAUCUGGAUGGAUAAUAAUGCAUAAUUUUAUUUUUAGCCACACAAUAAAUAAUUUUAAUUUCUCUCUUCAAAUCAAUUAAUGCAGAGAUUUUAUUUACAGAGAAUUAUGCCUCGUUUAUUUAUGUAACACAGUAACAAAUUCAAUCAUCAUAUCCUUAGUGAUGACUGUUUCCUUACACCCCACCCCCCUAUGUUUUGGGUAAAGUUGGUACAAAAGUUUGGAAUGUUUUAAUGAUUUGAUACCUUAUAUAUUCUUUUCCUUCUAA